AUGACUACUCUUCAACAAAGGAUCUUGAGUAUGCUUCAUUGUUUCCGAAAAGAAUGGCACUUAUUUUCGGACUCUGAAAGGACUACUGUGUGUGGUGCAGAUUGCAUGUUGAUGGCUUUGCAGCUAUCUGUCGCUGAGGUAAAUAAAAAGCACUUUGGAGAUUUCAAAGCAUCUCUUAGUGAAGUGGUAUUACAUUGGAAUUAUCUACUCCCUGAUAAGUUGGGUAUAUUGCAGAACAAUGUGGAAGCUCCUGAAAACUAUGAAGACAUCAAAAGCACUUAUGCUAGCUUUUUAGAAUAUUCCAAUAUGAUGGAUCUUAUAGAUGUUUAUCAGAAAUGUGUGGCACUAGCACUGGAAAAUGAAUCUAUAUCUGCUGUACAACUGUUAGAAUUUAUUGUUGGAACAGUAGAUGCCAUCGGUGAGAGUGAUUCCAUUUCUUCUGUACCCUCUACACCAGCUAAUAGAAUAAGCCAGGAUAAUGAAGAGUUGCCAUUGAUAGUGAAGAAAAUUCUGCAUGCAUAUUUAAGCUUAUUAGUUAAUUCCAAGAAUGAUCUGGCUUUUGCACACAUUUUAAAUAUUCCUGAGCGGGGUCUUGGAAGAGAAGCUUUUACAGAUCUAAAACAUGCUGCACGGAAGAAACAUCUGCCUAUGUUCCUGAUGGCAGCCUCUUUUAUCAGAGCCAUAGAACUUGGUGGAAAAGGUUAUGCUCCUUCUGCAGAUGAUCCUUUAAGAAGUCAUGUGAAAGGAUUUUCACACUUGAUUCACUUUAUUGAUAAACUGGAAGACAUUAUUGGUGAGGUCCUGGAUCCAAGACUUGCAGGGGGCCAAAUUCUAUCAACAAUCAAGAUACAUCUGAUAAAAGGCCGAAACAGCAGGGAUCCCUUCUGUGGAGCAGUAGAGGAAGUUGUACAAGAUUUGGAUUUAAGGAUUAAAAAUAUUAUCAAUUUUCAGCAUGAGGUUGUGACAACUAGUACUGCUGGAAUCAGUCCAGCCCGGCCCAAACUACAUUGUAUAAACCAUGGCACUCGUUACUGCGGCAGAGAUACUGUGAAGGCUCUAUUGGUGCUUUUAGAUGAAGCAGCUGCACAGCUUCCUUCCAAGAACAAAGCUCAACUGCUGUUUGGUGAAGAAUUUGGAUUCUCUUCUACCAUGCUGCUGUUCAGGUCUCCAGCACAAUCCAGUGGAUGUUCUCCAAAAGCAUUGAGGCAGCGAUUUCAAACAGCAGCAUGUGAAAAAAAACUUAAGUUGAAGCAACCUUUAAUUAGGUCCCAGUUUGCUUGCACCUACAAAGAUGAUCAAAUAACUGAGGCAAAGAGUCAGCACUUCAUCACCAACCAGGUCCCAACAUGUACACAAAUGGUACCAAAAACACUGGCAGCUAUGUAUACCGAAGACAAGUCAAUUGCAGAAUGCCUGAAUUUGCAUCUCGACAGUGCUGUACUUAGAAAUAGUUCUGGAAAUGUUCAUCAGAAUGGAAGUAAAAGUAAAGAAAUGGGAAAAUUAAGUUGCCAGCCAAGAAACAAGAGCUCAAAGAGGAAGCAGGUGGACAGGACAAGUGAAAAUGUCACAUGCAGUAAUGAAAAUCAAUCACUUCAACACAUACACAGUAAGAGACCAAAGACAGCAAUGGGAUGCCAGAAUGGUUUGGAGAGCAGCAAAAUAAAAGGAACCAGCAAAUGCAGCAAGGGUAUAGCCAAAAAUAAACUGAUCGCUGGUCAAACAAAGUUGACUCAAUUCUUUAGAUUAUAAAUGUUCUUCCUACAAUUCUUGUGCAAAUGUCAGUGUCUCUGUUUGAAAGAGAAAAACAGCAGCUACAUUAAGAUCUCUGUCACUGUGAUUAUGAAUAUUAUACAAGAUGGAUAUUUAUUUUGGACAAAAGGACAAACAAGCUUUGCAGAAUUCUCAGUUUUAAU